AUGGAGGCAGACCAGUCAAGCGACGACCUCCAACGCCAAGUCCUCCAGAGCACGCUCGAAGAGAUAGCGACCACUCAAGAAGAUGCCGUCGAAUGCUGCGUCAUCUGCCUUGAGGGCAUCACCGAGGCCUGCGAGGUAGUCCCUUGCCAGCACCGAAACUUUGACUACCUGUGCCUCCUCAGCUGGCUCGAGCAGACGCCGAAAUGCCCUCUCUGCAAGGCAACCAUCUCGCAAGUUCGCCACGCCCUCGAUGAGCCCGUGCCCAAAACCUAUGUCGUCCCAAAAUCUUCUCCGAAGCCGCAGAAUCAGCGAUCCGAUGCGAGGCCAUAUUCGUUAUACUCUGUCCGCAGGAAUUUGCCACGGCGACGUCGUUAUUCACGAUCCCGGUACGAGACGCCCCCGAACCCCUCGGACGAGAUCGCAAGGCGCCGGGACGUUUACCGUUAUAAUCGCUACUCAAAGCAUGUUGGCUCGAACCGCCUUUCUCGCUACAGAGAGUUGACACCGGCGGCAUUCUGCGCAGAUGCCGAGCUGGUGUCGCGCGCACGAAUGUGGAUUCGAAGAGAGCUACAGGUCUUUUCGUUUCUUGCCCCUGAUAACGAGGAGCCUCGGCCUGGAGACGGCAAUGCUAGGACUUCCGUGGACCGACGGAGGGCGAACAAUGCCGAGUUUCUCCUCGAGUACAUAAUUGCAGUCUUGAAGUCAGUCGACAUUAUGGGAAGUGCUGGUCAAGCCGAGAACAUGAUUUCGGAGUUCCUAGGGCGAGACAGUACGCGGUUAUUUUUGCAUGAGUUGAGAGCUUGGUUACGGAGUCCCUUUACCAAACUUGCGGACUGGGAUCGAGCUGUUCAGUAUGACCAAGUUUCGGCGACAAGCAACCGCGGAAGUGAACCAGAGCCGGAUGGGGGAACCUCGCGGAGGGCGUUCGCAAAGAUCAUCUUCACAUAG